GCUGUCCCUGGGGAGCGGAGAGACCUAGUGACCACUGAAUGGUUACAGUGUACAGGAGAGGGGAAACUGCCAGCAGAGACUGUUGGGGCGUAAGAGUGUUCAUGAAAGUGAGUAGAAGAGUAAGAGACAGCUUAAUAACAGUGUGAGUUUUUAGAAAGAGACUGACAUGCACAACAACUGCUGCUGAUCUCACAGAAAUAAUUUACAAAUGUCUGCUGGAGGCACAUCUUCUGAUACAAGAUCUAAAGGCAGAAGGACAAACGGCCUAGCUGUGCAUUAUGAUGAGGUGCCUCUAGAUUCUUCUCUCCCACAGAACAAUUUGCAGAAUUUACAGAAUUCUGAUCUUGCCCUCAGCUCAGAUCCUUUACCACCUCCUCCUCUGCCACUGCACCCUCCUUUUGGGCCAGAGUUUUAUCCAAGUGACAGUGAAGAGCCAGUUACCACACUUGAACUCAGACCUGUAAGGCGAUUCAUUCCGAGUUCUUGGAAAAACUUCUUUAGAGGAAAGCAAGAGAAUCAAUGGGAGGAACCCACUUCAGAAAUGAACUAUAUUUCCAAGGUAGUAGAGUGUUCUCCUCCACCAUCACCAUCCCUUGCUGCGUCAGGUCCUCAUGGGAAAGGCUCAGCUGUAGGUUCAAAAACAGCUAGUUCCUACCAAGAUGCCUAUGGUUCUGAUAUACCUCUACAAGACCCUUACGGCUCUCUUGGACGUCAAACACAUACUGUGAAGACGUACAGUGAGAAAGUGGAAGAGUACAAUUUGAGAUAUUCCUAUAUGAAGUCCUGGGCAGGCUUAUUACGGAUCCUCUGCAUUGUAGAGCUGCUUCUUGGAGCAGCUGUUUUUGCUUGUAUCACAGCUUACAUCCAUAAGGAUAAUGAAUGGUACAACAUGUUUGGCUACACGCAGCCUUAUGGAUAUACUGCUAGCAUGCAGGGGGGAUAUUACUAUAAUGGGCCCAAGACCCCCUUUGUACUUGUGGUGGCAGGUUUGGCCUGGCUAGUGACUAUAAUCCUCCUUGUCCUUGGAAUGUCUAUGUAUUAUCGAACCAUUCUUCUUGAUUCCAACUGGUGGCCUUUAACAGAAUUUGGAUUAAAUAUUGCUUUGUUUAUUCUGUACCUGUCAGCUGCUACUGUUUAUGUAAAUGACACCAACCGUGGAGGACUUUGCUAUUAUCAGUUAUUUAACACCCCAGUGAAUGCUGGAUUCUGCCGUGUGGAAGGAGGGCAAACAGCAGCUAUCAUCUUCUUGUUUGUCACCAUGAUUGUGUAUUUAAUUAGUGCAAUCGUUUGUUUAAAACUUUGGAGGCAUGAGGGAUCCCGGAGAAGAAGGGAGUAUAUAGAGAAUGAGAUGAGGUCAUCUUCCCAAAUCCCACCGCCCAAACUCAUGCGUGAUGUGGCCUUAGGCAAUGACCAAAUACAUGAGGUUGCUGCCCAUCGAAGAGACAUUAAAAUGGUUGAAAUGCAACCUGAGCUGCUCAGUGGCUACAUUCCUGCUGGUCAUAUUCCAAAACCCAUCGUGAUGCCCGACUAUGUGGCAAAAUACCAAUCUAUAAAUUCUGAUGAUGAGAGAGACCGGUAUAAAGCUGUGUUCAAUGAUCAGUUUUCAGAAUACAAAGAGCUUUCUGCAGAGGUUCAGGCAGUUAUAAAAAAGUUUAGUGAACUGGACACAAUUAUGAGCAAACUUCCAAGGAACCCUGAGAAUCAACAGGAGUAUGAAAGAAUUUCUAAAGUUCUCCAAGAGUAUCAGAAGAAACGAAAUGAUCCUUCUUUUCUGGAAAAGAAGGAGCGUUGCGAAUACUUGAAAAAUAAACUUUCGCACAUCAAGCAAAGGAUUCAGGAAUAUGACAAAGUCAUGAACUGGAACGAUGGCUUUAAAUAGGCACAUUCAUCUCCAACAAAGAAAACCAUUAUUUUAUAUCUGCUGUACUUGUAAAUAUCAAUGUGAACUAAGUCAACUAUCUGUUUAAAGGGACACAAAACAGUUUGAGAUCUGUGCAUAUCCUAAAAGGGCUAACUAAUUAAAAAUAGUUUGCAUAAAAAAAAUGUUUAAAAAUUGCUGGCUAAUAUUUUAAAAUAAUUUUCAAAAAUAAGCAAAAUGAAUUACAUAGCUAAGCUGCCUGGGUCAGACAACUCCACCCCCUUCUUAUCAGUGUUUAGACACAGACAUUGUAUUUCAAUGAGUUCACAUCUUCUUGGCAUGCUCCAGCAGAUAAUCACUGUGCACUUUUGUUUUCUACCAAAAGCAACCAUAGGUAUAGUUACAGCCAUAAAAGGAAUUGUGUGGGGGGAGUUAGACCUUUACCAUUCAGAAACUAAAAAGAAAGGGUCAAUGGAGAGGCACUGCAGUAUAAAUUUGCAGGUAAAGUAAUUAAAGUACAUAUUAUUAUAUUUUGUCUCUAUCCCAACUUGUUUUAUGUCCCUUUAACUGUAACACCAGCUUCAUUUAUAUAUUUUAUUUUGUAAAGAAAUUCACCUAUGUAUUUUUAUAUAUAUAUAUAUAUAUAUAAAUCUGUUUUAUGUUGCUAGUUUGACCGUUAGAAUUUUAUAGGAAAUAUUGUUGCAUUUUUUUUUUCUUAAUGGUUUCUCAAUCGUUUUAUAAAAAACAAGACAAUUAUUUGCUGCCCACUAUAUAAGUGUUUCAGUCACAAACAGAACAAUACCUCAGUAACAAAUUAUUAACUUCAACUUGUGCAACAAGACAAAACAAUGAUAUAUGUGAUACCUUGUUCUAUUUGGUGGGUGAUAAAUAUGUUGUGCACCAUCAAUAGCAAAUGAAAAGACUGCACAGAACAGGUAUUUAAUACUUUGAAUUGUGAAUUAAAUCUGUAAAAGCAUUUUUAAUAAAAUCAGAGAAUCCUUUAUUCCA